UGCGCAAUGAAUUGUCAUGUGACGCUGGUAGUGUUUUUAGUUCUGGCUGAGCGCAGGCGUUUGCAAUACGGAUCUGAAUUCAGCUCGGAGCAGGUUUUUCAAACAUGAAACGGUGCCGCUCAGCUGAGGCUAUGGGGCUGUGCAACUGGGCUCUCAUCUGGAGUUGUGUCACAGUGCUUCUGGAAGGCAAACCUGUGGCAAAGGCUCCUGACUUCGGAGCUGUUUACCACGUCUCUGGAGUGAUCUCGCUGCCCUACGCAGAGAUCCAGGAGCCCUUUGAAGCCUGGUACAACCUGACUGGAGGGGUCAGUCGCAUCAACUACUACCAUGGCCAAGUGCAGACGUACCAGUUUGGCUUUGAGAAGCCGGCCGGCUGCAGCUACAAGCUCACCCCCGAGACCACCGAGACCGAGGUCAACGUCAUCAAGUGCUUCCAGGUCAACGGCACCAAGGCUGACCCCGUGCUGCCCCAGAGCGUGUUCCCCAGUCUGGAGGGGUUCCAGCUGGUGAGGGAGGAGUACUUCCGUGGGCAACUGUGUGAGGUGUGGCAGAACGUGACUCUGGAGGGCAAGAAGAAGAACACGUACACGCUGUGGGUGAGCAGCGCUGCGGUGCCAUUGCACUAUGAGAUGCGCGGCUACAACACCCUGCUGGGCUCCCACUAUGACAAGUACGAGGUGGAUUACAGUGACUUCUCACUGCACCCCGACCCCCACGCCUUCUCCCUGCCUGACGGUCUGCAGUGCACUGGGUUCCCCGGGCCGGGGGUGGAGCACAGGGUCCUGGCCAAUCCCAUGCAAGACUUUGUAAGCCCCUACCAGGAGGACCGCGCCCACCGGCUGUUUGGACACUUCCGUGACAGAUUCCAGCGUCGCUAUGGAGACGAGGAGCACGAGACCCGCAAACACGUCUUCGUCCACAACCUCAGGUACAUCCACUCCAUGAACCGAGCCCGCCUGCCCUUCCAGCUGGCAGUGAACCCCCUGAGCGACCGCACAGCCCAGGAGCUGGCCUCCCUGAGGGGGCGUAAGGGCAGGAAGACCCCCAACAAGGGGCUGCCCUUCCCCCACGAGCACUACCAAUCUGUCCUGCUGCCCAAGAGCAUCGACUGGAGACUGUACGGCGCUGUGACUCCUGUGAAGGACCAGGCAAUCUGCGGGUCCUGCUGGAGUUAUGCCACAACUGGAGCACUAGAGGGCGCUCUCUUCUUGAAGACUGGCUCGCAGGUGGUCCUGUCCCAGCAGAUGCUGGUGGAUUGCACCUGGGGCUUUGGGAACAACGGCUGUGACGGGGGCGAGGAGUGGAGAGCCUACGAGUGGGUGAUGAAGCACGGGGGAAUCGCCACCGCAGAAUCCUACGGGCCGUACCUGGGACAGAACGGGUUUUGCCACUACAACCAGUCCCAGCUCACCGCCAAGGUGAAGAGCUAUACCAAUGUGACCUCGGGCGACCUGGAAGCUCUCAAACUGGCCAUCUUCAAGAAUGGGCCGGUGGCGGUGAGCAUCGAUGCCGCACACAAGUCCUUCCUGUUCUACAGCAGCGGGGUGUACUACGAGCCCCAGUGUGGUAACACUGUGAAUGACCUUGACCAUGCAGUGCUUGCAGUUGGCUAUGGUGUCCUGAAGGGGGAGCCCUACUGGCUGGUUAAAAACUCCUGGUCGACUUACUGGGGCAACGACGGCUAUGUGCUGAUGUCCAUGAAGGAUAACAACUGCGGUGUGGCGACUGACGCCACAUACGUGACCCUGGAGUGAAACCACACGUGUGUGUGUGUGUGUGUGUGGAAUCGACAUGCUUCAUUAUGGAGGAACAAGUCAAAUGAAUCAUGAUGCUUAAUACCUCCUUUUUAAUGUAUAAUUCAGAAAGCUUGAGUAUUCAAGGGACCCCUGCUCCUCCACAAUCCUGAACAACAAAAGGCUGACAUACAAAUGUGUGUUUGUGUUUUUUUUUUUUGUUUUGUUUGUGUUUUUAUGCAAAAAUGUCUGAUUUUGAUGUCUCUGCCCCUAAUGGCUUUGUAAUGAGGUUUGUGUUCUGCAGAACUUAAUGUUGAAUAAAAUGUUUAUUAUUUAAA